UUCAGUCAUGAGGGAUGCCCCCUGCAGCAUCUCCACAUAGCCAGCUGCCGUUUGACGCCCCUGCACAACCUGAAGCUGAAAUCUGACCAGAACUGGACUUAGGAGACCAAGUGGGGGGCUCCACCCACCCUUCUCCAGCUAAUCAGGAUCAGCAGCCAUGAAUGAGACGCGGCGAGAUUCUGGAGAGUCUCUUCGCUGACCCAUACAUAAAAACUCCUAACUGGACCCUCACUCAGGUGGUGGGAGACCACCAGAGACCCUAAAAGGAGGACUUUAUUGGAAGGAGGACAGCAGCAGAACCCGGAGGUCAACUCUUCUUCAUCAUCAAGCGUCAGUCCACCAUCCUCUAGGUCGCCUUCAGACCAGGACUGAAGAGACCAGAACCAGGAGGAAGAAGUAGGGGGUCUUGACAAAGAGUGCUGAGAGAGGCUGCGACACUCAUGGACGAGCAGGAGCCGAGGCCUUUAGGCUUGCUCGGCCCACAAUGAACCUUUCAAGUCGCUCCUGCCAUAGCGGACACAUGUGAGUUCUGAUGUCCUGGAUUCAACCCGAGAUUGAGCAAUGGUCAUUCUGCAGCAGGGCGACUAUGUGUGGCUGGACCUCAAAACGGGCCGAGAGUUUGACGUCCCCGUUGGAGCGGUGGUCAAACUGUGCGACUCCGGACAGAUCCAGGUUCUGGAUGACGAAGGCAGGGAGCACUGGAUCGCCCCUCAAAGCGCCACCAAUAUCAAGCCCAUGCACCCCACCUCCAUCCAGGGGGUGGAGGACAUGAUCCGGCUGGGCGACCUCAAUGAAGCCGGCAUUCUGCGCAACCUGCUGAUCCGCUACAGUGAACGUGUCAUCUAUACAAAUUGCGGGGGAAGGACGUAUACGGGUUCCAUCCUGGUGGCCGUUAAUCCCUACCAGCUGCUGCCCAUCUACACCCCCGACCAGAUCCGCCUGUACACCAACAAGAAGAUCGGCGAGAUGCCGCCGCACAUAUUCGCCAUCGCCGACAACUGUUACUUCAACAUGCAGCGCAACAACAAGGACCAAUGCUGUAUCAUCAGCGGCGAAUCCGGAGCCGGGAAGACGGAGAGCACCAAGCUGAUUCUUCAGUUCCUGGCAGCCAUCAGCGGUCAGCACUCCUGGAUCGAGCAGCAGGUGCUGGAGGCCACGCCCAUCCUGGAAGCCUUCGGCAACGCCAAAACCAUCCGCAACGACAACUCCAGCCGAUUCGGGAAGUACAUCGACAUCCACUUCAACAAGCGAGGGGCCAUCGAGGGUGCCAAGAUAGAACAGUACCUGCUGGAGAAGUCCCGAGUGUGUCGGCAGGCACCAGAUGAGAGGAACUACCACAUUUUCUACUGCAUGCUGAAGGGCAUGAGCCCGGAGAUGAAGGCCAAGCUGGGCUUAGGUCUGGCGACAGACUACUGCUACCUCACCAUGGGUAACUGCACAGAGUGCGACGGUCGCGACGACCUGACCGACUACUCCAGCAUCUUGUCAGCCAUGAAGGUCCUCAUGUUCACUGAGACUGAGACCUGGGAGAUCUCCAAGCUGCUGGCGGCCAUCUUGCACAUGGGCAACCUGAGAUUUGAGGCUCGUACAUACGACAACCUGGACGCCUGCGUGGUGGUGAGGUCACCUGACCUGGUCACCGCUGCGUCACUCAUGGAGGUGGAACCGAAGGACGUGAUGGUGUGUUUGACCACUCGAACCCUGAUCACACGCGGAGAAAGCGUGGCCACGCCUCUCAGCGUGGAGCAAGGUCUGGAUGUCAGGGAUGCCUUUGUGAAGGGGAUUUACGGCAGAUUGUUUGUGUGGAUCGUGGACAAGAUCAACGCCGCCAUAUACCGCCCGCCGUCCUGCAAUGACCUCAACAUCGUGCGUAGGUCCAUCGGCUUACUGGACAUAUUUGGAUUCGAGAAUUUCAUAGUCAACAGUUUCGAGCAGCUGUGCAUCAACUUUGCGAACGAGAACCUGCAGCAGUUCUUCGUCCGGCACGUCUUCAAGCUGGAGCAAGAGGAGUACAACCUGGAGGACAUCAGCUGGCAGCACAUCGAGUUCACCGACAACCAGGAUGCGCUGGACAUGAUUGCCAACAAGCCCAUGAACAUCAUCUCCCUCAUCGACGAGGAGAGCAAGUUCCCUAAGGGAACCGACGCAACGAUGUUGUACAAGCUCAACUCACAACACAAACUCAACUCCAACUACAUUCCCCCAAAGAACAGCUAUGAGAGCCAGUUUGGAAUCCAACAUUUUGCCGGGGUGGUGCACUACGAGACCAGAGGAUUCCUGGAGAAAAAUCGUGACAGCCUCCACACGGACAUCAUCCAGCUGGUCCACUCGUCCAAGAACAAGUUCAUCAAGCAGAUCUUUCAAGCUGACGUGGCCAUGUUUCUGUGCGGCUAUCAGCAGCCCAGCACGCCUACUCCGAAGGGUGUCGAGACCAGGAAGCGCUCUCCGACUCUGAGCAGCCAGUUCAAGCGCUCCCUCGAGAUGCUGAUGAGGACGCUCAGUGUGUGUCAGCCCUUCUUUGUCCGCUGCAUAAAACCCAACGAGCUCAAAAAACCGAUGUUGUUUGACAGAGAGCUGUGCAUCCGCCAGCUGCGCUACUCCGGCAUGAUGGAGACCAUCCGAAUCAGACGGGCCGGCUACCCCAUCCGAUACUCCUUUGCCGAGUUUGUGGAUCGCUACCGAGUCCUCAUGCCCGGUGUCAAACCUGCGCACAUACAGGAGGACCUGCGAGGGACUUGCCAGCAGAUAGUCCUGACCCGCCUGGGAAUACAUGGAGACUGGCAGAUCGGAAAGACCAAGAUUUUCCUUAAGGAUCACCACGACAUGCAACUGGAGAUUGAGCGGGACAAGGCCAUCACUGACAAGGUCAUCCUCAUCCAGAAGGCCGUGCGUGGACUCAGGGAGAGGACCAACUUCCUCCGAUUGAGGAGUGCUGUGACUGUCAUCCAAAAGCUGUGGCGAGGUUAUCGAUGCAGGAAGAAUUACAAAAGUAUGCGUUGUGGCUUCCUGCGCCUCCAGGCUGUCUUUAGGUCCAGGAAGCACUACAGAAACUAUCGCGUCACUCGCCUAUGCAUCACCCUCAUCCAAGCCCGCUGCAGGGGGUUCCUCAUCCGCCAGACAUUUUGGCGGCGUCUCCGUGCAGUGUCCACGAUCCAGGCGUACACCCGAGGAAUGAUAGCCAGACGCCUCUGCCAGAGACUCAGGGCGGAGCUGCAGCAUCGCCAGGAGGCUGAGCGCCAGCGCCUGGCCGAGGAGGAGCAGCUCCGCAACCAGAUGACUGCAAGGCGGGCCAAGGCGGAGGCUGAGAGGAAGCACCAGGAGCGCCUGGUCCAGCUGGCCCAGCAGCAGGAGGAGAGGGAGCGGGAGGAGAGAGAGGAAGCCCGCAGGAAGAAGGAGCUGCUGGAGCAGAUGGAGAGAGAGAGGGAGCAGCCUGUGGAUCACUCGGACAUGGUGGACCGCAUGUUUGGAUUCCUGGGGAACCCUGGACCUUUGCCCAACCAGAAUGGGCAAGCCCCGGCUGGCUUUGAAGACUUGGUGAAUGUGCCCCGUGGUGAGGAGGCUGAAGUAGAGGUGGUGAAUGAUGCUCUGCCACUGCCCGACGAGGAAGACGAGGAUCUGUCCGAGUAUAAGUUUCCCAAGUUCGCCGCCACCUACUUCCAAGGCGUUUCCACCCAUACGUACGUCAGACGGGCGUUGAAGCAACCGCUGCUCUUUCACGAGGACGAAGGAGACCAGCUGGCCGCCUUAGCUGUGUGGAUCACCAUCCUGAGGUUCAUGGGGGACCUACCCGAGCCCAAAUCCCAGCUGGUCCUCAACGAUGGCAGCGAGAAGAUCCCCGUCAUGACUAAGAUCUACGAAACCCUCGGCAAGAGGACCUACAAGAGGGAGCUGCAGGAGCUGCAACAGGAUGCAGAGACCAGCACCAUAGAAAGCCAGAAGAGGAACAGUGUCAGACAUAAACUUGUGUCUCUUACGCUGAAGAGGAAGUCCAAAAUCACUGAGGAGGUAACCAGGCGGCUGACCGAGGGGGACUACAGCCUCCAGGGGAACAGCAUGCUUGAGGACCGACCCACCUCCAACUUGGAGAAACUUCACUUCAUCAUCGGAAACGGCAUCCUGAGGCCUGCCCUCAGGGAUGAGAUCUACUGUCAGAUCUGCAAACAGCUCACCCAGAAUCCGUCCAAGAGCAGUCACGCCCGUGGAUGGAUCCUCCUGUCGCUCUGUGUUGGUUGCUUUUCACCUUCGGAAAAAUUUGUCAAGUAUUUGAGGACAUUCCUGAACAAUGGCCCGCCUGGUUAUGCUCCAUAUUGUGAGGAAAGGCUGCGGCGGACGUUUGUCAACCGCACACGGACCCAGCCGCCUUCUUGGUUGGAGUUACAGGCCACUAAAUCGAAGAAGCCCAUCAUGCUUCCGGUGACGUUUAUGGAUGGCACCACCAAGACGCUCCUGGCGGACUCGGCCACCACUGCCAGUGAGCUUUGCAACGCUCUGGCAGACAAAAUCAACCUCACCGAUCGCUUCGGGUUCUCGUUGUACAUUGCUCUCUUUGACAAGGUAUCAUCGUUGGGCAGCGGCAGUGACCAUGUCAUGGACGCCGUUUCCCAGUGUGAGCAGUACGCCAAAGAGCAAGGCGCCCAGGAGCGCAACGCCCCUUGGAGGUUGUUCUUUAGGAAGGAGAUAUUCACGCCGUGGCACGACCCCGCCGACGACUAUGUGGCCACCAAUCUCAUUUAUCAGCAGAUCGUGCGAGGGGUGAAGUUUGGAGAGUACCGAUGUGAGCGGGAAGAGGACCUAGCCGAGCUGGCCUCUCAGCAGUACUACGUGGAUUACGGCAUGGAGAUCCUUCACGAUCGCCUCCUUAGCCUCAUCCCCUCCUACAUCCCCGACAGGGAAAUCACCUCCACCAAGACGCCGGAGAAGUGGGCUCAGAUCAUCGUCACCGCCCACAAGAAGGGUCUGCACAAUAAGAGGAGGCCCAACACGCAGAAGGUGAAGGAGGACUUGGUGUCUUUUGCGCGAUUAAAGUGGCCUUUGUUGUUCUCGCGCUUCUACGAGGCCUUCAAGUUCUCAGGGCCGAGUCUGCCUAAGAAUGACGUCAUCGUCGCAGUAAACUGGACGGGCGUUUACUUUGUAGACGAGCAGGAGCAGGUCCUUCUGGAGCUUUCUUUCCCGGAAAUCAUUGCGGUAUCCAGCAGCAGAGGCGGCAAACUCCAAGGCCAGAGUUUCACACUGGCCACCAUCAAAGGAGACGAGUACACGUUCACCUCCAACAAUGCAGAGGACAUCCGGGACUUGGUGGUGGCCUUUCUGGAAGGUCUGCGGAAGCGGUCCAAGUUUGUGGUCGGACUUUUGGACUGUCCCAACCCUGUGGGGGCAGAGUCCACAUUCCUGAGUUUUUCCAAGGGGGAUCUGAUCAUUCUGGACGAACACGACGGAGAGCAUGUGAUGAACUCCGGCUGGGCUCACGGGAUCAACGACAGCACCAAGCAGCGAGGCGACUUCCCGGCUGACUGCGUCUAUGUUCUUCCCACCGUCACCAGACCUCAGUAUGACAUUGUGGCUCUAGUGACGAUGACUCCAGAUCAGAGGAGGGAAUCCGUCACACUGUCCCAGAUGAGCCUUGCUGACAACGAGGAUAAAACGAAGGCCUACACUCUGGAGGAGUUCUGCUACGAUUACUUCAGGCCUCCUCUCAAGAGCACUCUGAGCAGAGUGAUGAUCUCCAAAGCUCGAGGGAAGGAGCGCCUGUGGUGCUGCAGCAGGGAGCCUCUCAAGCAGCCUCUCCUGAAGAAGGUUUUAGCCCAUGAGGAGCUUUCCCAGGAGGCUUGCCAGGCGUUCAUGGCUCUGAUGAAGUACAUGGGCGACUACCCGUCCAAGCGGGUGCGCUCAGUCAACGAGCUCACCGAUCAGAUCUUCGAAGGAGCCCUGAAGGCCGAGCCGCUCAAAGACGAGAUCUUCUGUCAGAUUCUCAAGCAGCUCACAGACAAUCACAUCAAGUACAGCGAGGAGAAAGGCUGGGAGCUGCUGUGGUUGUGCACUGGCUUGUUUCCUCCCAGUAACAUCCUGCUGCCUCACGUCCAGAAGUUCCUCCAGUCCAAGAAGCACUAUCCUCUGGCUCCCGAUUGCAUGCAGCGGCUGCAGAAAGCCUUAAGAAACGGAUCGAGGAAGUACCCUCCUCACCUGGUGGAGGUGGAGGCCAUCCAGCACAAAACUACACAGAUAUUCCACAAAGUUUAUUUCCCAGAUGACUCGGACGAGGUGUUUGAAGUGGAGUCCAGCACCAAGGCCAAAGAUUUCUGCCACAACAUUUCUGGACGCCUGUUACUCAAAUCGUCGGAGGGUUUCAGUCUUUUUGUCAAGAUCACAGACAAGGUGAUCAGUGUGCCGGACGGCGACUUCUUCUUCGACUUUGUGCGCCACCUGACUGACUGGAUCAAGAAAGCGAGACACGUGAAAGACAGUGUGGUGCCUUCACUGACCUACCAGGUGUUCUUCAUGAAGAAGUUGUGGACCAACACCAUGCCUGGCAAGGAUGCCAUGGCUGACUCCAUCUUCCACUACUACCAAGAGUUGCCAAAGUACCUGCGAGGGUACCACAAGUGUUCCAAAGAUGAAGUGCACCAGCUGGCGGCGCUCAUCUACCAGGUAAAGUUUGAGGACGACAAGUCCCACUUCCAGAACAUGCCCAAGAUCCUCAAGGACCUCGUCCCCCAGGACCAGAGUCGACAUUUGUCCCCUGACGACUGGAAGAGGUCUAUCAUGUCGGUGUUCAACAAACAGUCCGGAAAGACCAAAGAAGAAGCCAAACUGUCCUUCCUGAAAAUCAUCUACAAGUGGCCCACAUUUGGAUCCGCCUUCUUUGAGGUCAAGCAAACCACAGAUCCAAAUUACCCAGAAACCCUCUUGAUCGCCAUCAACAAACAUGGAGUCAGUCUCAUUGACCCCAAGUCCAAGGACAUCCUGACCACGCACCCCUUCACCAAGAUCUCCAACUGGAGCAGUGGCAACACCUACUUCCACAUCACCAUCGGGAACCUGGUGCGAGGCAGCAAGCUGCUGUGCGAAACCUCGCUGGGCUACAAAAUGGACGACCUGCUGACGUCGUACAUCAGCCAGAUGUUGACCACCAUGACCAAACAGCGGAGCUCUCGCGGCAGCAGCAAGUGAACGCUGGCGGCGUCUCCUAUUGGCCCUUAACACUCACUAGUUGCCUUCCUGUCAGCUUUUUCCUCACUCGUAGGUGGCGUCACCGUGCAGCUAGAGUCCCCCUAGCGCCUCUAUGCAACAAUGUCACGUAUGUGCAACACCUUUUCUUUGGAGACUCGAUUCAGCAACGUUUUGAUCAUUUUUGACAUUCUUUUGUAGGCCAGUUCACUCUGAAAAAUAUUUUUUAGGCAGGCUAGUUUUCUAAAAACCUAAGUGUGAGGUAAGUAGCUCAUCCUUAUUUCUACUCAUACUAUAUACUACAGUACCCAAAUGUUACAUGUGCCACCAAUUUCACCUCACUGUAUCAGCACUAAUAUCAAUCAUCUCUUGAAUCUUUUUUUUUAUGUAUGAGGAAUUAGUGCAGGUUUUUAAAAUCCCAAUAACGUGGUCCUAUUGUAGAAGUAAAUAAAAUGACUAUGCAAAAUGCAA